CGCACGCGCGAGGGUUGGGGGUUGCGGGGGUGCUGGCAGCGGCUGCUUUGGCGGCGGUUGGUGGCCGUGGGAGCGGGAAGAGAAGGUGGAAGAGGCUUGGGCUUGCGCCACCGAAGUCAGCUUACCCGCUGGCCGCCUCCUGACAAACGGGAGGGAUCCGCCGUGGACCCAGGGAAGCGGAGGAGCCUGGCGGCCACCCCCUCUUCCCCACUUCCCUGCACUCUCGUCGCUCUCGGCUUCGGCCUCCGACACGAAAAGGAAGCAAAUGAACUGAUGGAAGAUCUGUUUGAAACUUUCCAAGAUGAGAUGGGAUUCUCCAACAUGGAAGAUGAUGGCCCAGAAGAGGAGGAGCGUGUGGCUGAGCCUCGACCUAACUUUAACACUCCUCAAGCUCUACGGUUUGAGGAACUACUGGCCAACCUACUAAAUGAACAACAUCAGAUAGCAAAGGAACUAUUUGAACAGCUGAAGAUGAAGAAAUCUUCAGCCAAACAGCAGAAGGAGGUAGAGAAGGUUAAACCCCAGUGUAAGGAAGUUCAUCAGACCCUGAUUCUGGACCCAGCACAGAGGAAGAGACUCCAGCAGCAGAUGCAGCAGCAUGUUCAGCUCUUGACACAAAUCCACCUUCUUGCCACCUGCAACCCCAAUCUCAAUCCGGAGGCCAGUAGCACCAGGAUAUGUCUUAAAGAGCUGGGAACCUUUGCUCAAAGCUCCAUCGCCCUUCACCAUCAGUACAACCCCAAGUUUCAGACCCUGUUCCAACCCUGUAACUUGAUGGGAGCUAUGCAGCUUAUUGAAGACUUCAGCACACAUGUCAGCAUUGACUGCAGCCCUCAUAAAACUGUCAAGAAGACUGCCAAUGAAUUUCCCUGUUUGCCAAAGCAAGUGGCUUGGAUCCUGGCCACAAGCAAGGUUUUCAUGUACCCAGAGUUACUUCCAGUGUGUUCCCUGAAGGCAAAGAAUCCCCAGGAUAAGAUCCUCUUCACCAAAGCUGAGGACAAUUUGUUAGCUUUAGGACUGAAGCAUUUUGAAGGGACUGAGUUUCUUAACCCUCUAAUCAGCAAGUACCUUCUAACCUGCAAGACUGCCCGCCAACUGACAGUGAGAAUCAAGAACCUCAACAUGAACAGAGCUCCUGACAACAUCAUUAAAUUUUAUAAGAAGACCAAACAGCUGCCUGUCUUAGUAAAAUGCUGUGAAGAGAUCCAGCCACAUCAGUGGAAGCCACCUGUAGACAGAGAAGAACACCGGCUCCCAUUCUGGUUAAAGGCCAGUCUGCCAUCCAUCCAGGAAGAACUGCGGCACAUGGCUGAUGGUGCUAGAGAGGUAGGACAUGUGACUGGAACCACUGAGAUCAGCUCAGAUCAAGGCCUAGAAAAAGACAACUCGGAGUUGGAGAGUGAAACUCGGUACCCACUGCUAUUGCCUAAGGGUGUGGUCCUGAAACUGAAGCCAGUUGCCAACCGUUUCCCCAGGAAGGCUUGGAGACAGAAGCGCUCAUCAGUCCUGAAACCCCUCCUUAUCCAACCCAGCCCCUCUCUCCAGCCUAGCUUCAACCCUGGGAAAACACCAGCCCAAUCAACUCAUUCAGAAGCCCCUCCGAGCAAAAUGGUUGUCCGGAUUCCUCACCCGAUUCAGCCAGCCACUGUUUUACAGACAGUUCCAGGUGUCCCUCCACUGGGGGUCAGUGGAGGUGAGAGUUUUGAGUCUCCUGCAGCACUGACUGCUAUGCCCCCUGAGGGCAGGACAAGCUUCCCUCUGUCUGAAUCCCAGACUUUGCUCUCUUCUGCCCCUGUGCCCAAGGUAAUGCUGCCCUCCCCUUCCCCUUCUAUGUUUCGAAAGCCGUAUGUGAGACGGAGACCCUCAAAAAGAAGGGGAGCCAGGGCUUUUCGCUGUAUCAAACCUGCCCCUGUUAUCCAUCCUGCAUCUGUUAUCUUCACUGUUCCUGCUACCGCUGUGAAGAUUGUGAGCCUUGGCAGUGGCUGUAACAUGAUCCAGCCUGUCAAUGCAGCUGUGGCCCAGAGUCCCCAGACUAUUCCCAUUACCACCCUCUUGGUUAACCCUACUUCCUUCCCCUGUCAAUUGAACCAGCCCCUUGUGGCCUCCUCUGUCUCACCCUUAAUUGUUUCUGGCAAUUCUGUGAAUCUUCCUAUACCAUCCACCCCUGAAGAUAAGGUCCACGUGAAUGUGGACAUUGCUUGUGCUGUGGCUGACAGGAAAAAUGCCUUUCAGGGCCUAGAACCCAAAUUAGAGCCCCAGGAACUAUCUCCUCUCUCUGCUACUGUUUUCCCCAAAGUGGAACAUAGCCCAGGGCCUCCACCAGCGGAUGCAGAGUGCCAAGAAGGAUUGUCAGAGAACAGUGCCUAUCGCUGGACUGUUGUGAAAACAGAGGAGGGAAGACAAGCUCUGGAGCCGCUGCCUCAGGGCAUCCGGGAGUCUCUAAACAACUCUUCCCCUGGGGAUUUAGAGGAAGUUGUCAAGAUGGAACCUGAAGAUGCUACAGAGGAAAUCAGUGGAUUUCCUUACAAUCUUACAGAAGGAAGAAGAGAGGAAAAACCCUUCUUCUUCUCAAGAACCCCCAAUGAAGGAAACUUGGGGGGAGAUGAGAGCAAAAGAUCAUCAAAUAAUGCUUCAUCCUCCAUGGAUCCUGAAGUGAGGCUUAGUAGCCCACCAGGGAAGCCCAAAGACUCAUCCAGUGUUGAUGGUCAGUCAGUGGGGACCCCAGUUGGACCAGAAACUGGAGGAGAGAAAGAUGGACCAGAAGAAGAGGACUUUGAUGACCUCACCCAAGAAGAGGAAGAUGAAAUGUCAUCAGCUUCUGAGGAAUCUGUGUUUUCUCUCCCAGAACUCCAGUUUUAUAAGAAGACCAAACAGCUGCUAGGCUUAGUAAAAUGCUGUGAAGAGAUCCAGCCACAUCAGUGGAAGCCACCUGUAGACAGAGAAGAACACCGGCUCCCAUUCUGGUUAAAGGCCAGACUGCCAUCCAUCCAGGAAGAACUGUGGCCCAUGGCUGAUGGUGCUAGAGAGGUAGGACACGUGACUGGAACCACUGAGAUCAACUCAGAUCGAAGCCUAGAAAAACACAAUUUGGAGUUGGAGAGUGAAACUCGGUACCCACUGCUAUUGCCUAAGGGUGUGGUCCUGAAACUGAGGCCAGUUGCCACCCGUUUCCCCAGGAAGGCUUGGAAACAGAAGCGUUCAUCAGUCCUGAAGCCCCUCCUUAUCCAACCAAACCCCUCUCUCCAACCUAGCUCCAACCCUGGGAAAACACCAGCCCAAUCAACUCAUUCAGAAGCCCCACCGAGCAAAAUGGUGGUCCAGAUUCCUCACCUGAUCCAGCCAGCCACUGUCUUACAGACAGUUCCAGGUGCCCCUCCACUGGGGGUCAGUGGAGGUGAGAGUUUUGAGUCUCCUGCAGCACUGACUGCUAUGCCCCCUGAGGGCAGGACAAGCUUCCCUCUGUCUGAGUCCCAGAGUUUGCUCUCUUCUGCCCCUGUGCCCAACGUAAUGCUGCCCUCCCUUGCCCCUUCUAAGUUUCAGAAGCCAUAUGUGAGACGCAGACCCUCAAAGAGAAGGGGAGUCAAGGCCUCUCCCUGUAUGAAACCUGCCCCUGUUAUCCACCACCCUGCAUCUGUUAUCUUCACUGUUCCUGCUACCACUGUGAAGAUUGUGAGCCUUGGCAGUGGCUGUAACAUGAUCCAGCCUGUCAAUGCGGCUGUGGCCCAGAGUCCCCAGACUAUUCCCAUUACCACCCUCUUGGUUAACCCUACUUCCUUCCCCUGUCAAUUGAACCAGCCCCUUGUGGCCUCCUCUGUCUCACCCUUAAUUGUUUCUGGCAAUUCUGUGAAUCUUCCUAUACCAUCCACCCCUGAAGAUAAGGCCCGCGUGAAUGUGGACAUUGCUUGUGCUGUGGCUAAUGGGGAAAAUGCCUUUCAGGGCCUAGAACCCAAAUUAGAGCCCCAGGAACCAUCUCCUCUCUCUGCUACUGUGUUCCCCAAAGUGGAACAUAGCCCAGGGCCUCCACCAGCAGAUGCAGAGUGCCAAGAAGGAUUGUCAGAGAACAGUGCCUAUCGCUGGACUGUUGUGAAAACAGAGGAGGGAAGACAAGCUCUGGAGCCGCUGCCUCAGGGCAUCCAGAAGUCUCUAAACAACUCUUCCCCUGGGGAUUUAGAGGAAGUUGUCAAGAUGGAACCUGAAGAUGCUCCAGAGGAAAUCAGUGGAUCCCCUGAGCAUGACAUUUGUGAUGACAUCAAAGAGGAACAUGCUGUGGAAUUGGACACUGGUGUCCCAAGCGAGGAGUUGAACAGUGCUAGAGAGGUAAAGAAACAGACAGUCUUGCAGAAGGAAGAGGAGAGGAGUCAGCCAGCUAAAACCCCUUCAUCUUCCCAAGAGCACCCUGAUGAAGGAACCUCAGGGACAGAUGUGAACAAAGGAUCAUCAAAGAAUGCUUCGUCCUCGAUGGAUCCUGAAGUGAGGCUUAGUAGCCCCCCAGGGAAGCCAGAAGACUCACCCAGUGUUGAUGGUCAGUCAGUGGAGACUCCAGUUGGGCCAGAAACUGGAGGAGAGAAGAAUGGGCCGGAAGAAGAGGACUUUGAUGACCUCACCCAAGAUGAGGAAGAUGAAAUGUCAUCAGCUUCUGAGGAAUCUGUGCUUUCUGUCCCAGAACUCCAGGAAACAAUGGAGAAACUGACUUGGCUGGCAUCUGAAAGGCGCAUGAGUCAGCAGGGUGAGUCUGAAGAAGAGAAUUCUCAGGAGGAGAACUCUGAGCCGGAAGAGGAGGAGGAAGAAGAAGCAGAAGGAAUGGAAAGCCUGCAGAAAGAGGAUGAAAUGAUGGAUGAAGCAGUUGGAGACUCAGCUGAGAAGCCUCCUUCUACUUUUGCCUCAUCUGAGACUGCUCCAGAAGUGGAAACCAGCGGAACUCCACCAGCUGAUUUUUCAUGUGUGCUACAAGGAGACAGCAUCAAAGCUGCUGGAAAAAGCUGAAACAAUCAUAGAGCUUGCAACAAGUGGGAAAGUUGGGGUUGGGCCAGCAAGGACACCUACAAGCUGCUGUUGCAGUAUAAUGAGGACAUUCUUGAGCAAGAUCCCCUCAGGUAGCAGAAGGACUUGGCUUUUGCCCAAGCUUGUCUGGCCAGGUUUGAGGAGCAGCAGGCUUUUGAGAAGAGCCGCAAGUUCCUUCAGCAGCUGGAGAUUUGCUUUGCAGAGAACCCCUCAUACCACCAGAAGAUUAUCAAGGUCCUCCAGGGCUGUGCAGACUGCCUUCCCCAGGAGAUCACCGAGGUCUGUGGCAGCAAAUCCUACAAGAGCAAGGAGCCCCAUGAGGCCACCCAGAUCAGGACUGUCAGGACCACCAGAAAGGGAGAGACGCCUGUUUCAGGAUUGCCAGUGGGGGCCACUUUGCCGUCCCCUCGAGAAGUGACUCUUACAGAACGGCUCCUCCUGGAUGGCCCACCACCUCAUUCAUCAGAGACUCCUCAAUUUCCCCCCAAAACUGGAGCUGUACUGUACACUGUUAAGAGAAACCAGGUUGGGCCUGAGGUUCUCUCCUGCCCCAAGGCAUCCCCCAGACUUCAGAAAGAGAGGGAGGGCCAAAAGGCAGUGGGUGAGUCAGAGGCUUUGAUGCUGGUCUGGGAUGCAUCAGAAACUGAGAAAUUGCCUGGUACCGUGGAACCCCGUGCUUCCUUCCUGAGUCCUGUUUCCUCAAAGACCAGAGAUGCAGGGAGAAGACAUGUGUCCGGGAAACCAGAUACUCAAGAGAGAUGGCUGCCCUCAAGCAGAGGUAGGGUGAAGACAAGAGACAGGACAUCCCCUGUCCAUGAAUCUCCAUCAGGAAUUGACACGUCAGAGACUUCUCCCAAAGCCCCUAGAGGGGGUUUGUCUAAAGACAGUGGAACACAGGGCAAGGGUCCAGAGGGGGAGCAGCAGCCAAAGGCCACAGAAGCUACAGUGUGUGCCAACAACAGCAAGGUCAGCUCCACUGGGGAAAAGGUUGUCCUGUGGUCAAGGGAAGCUGACCGUGUGAUCCUCACCAUGUGCCAGGAGCAAGGGGCACAGCCACAGACCUUCAGCAUCAUCUCCCAGCAGCUGGGAAAUAAGACCCCUGCUGAGGUCUCCCACCGUUUUCGAGAACUCAUGCGGCUCUUCCACACUGCCUGUGAAGCCAGCUCUGAGGAUGAGGAUGAUGCUACCAGUACCAGCAACGCAGACCAGCUGUCUGACCGUGGGGACCUUCUGUCUGAAGAGGAGCUGGAUGAAUGAGACUCUGGGAAUACUUGGGUA